GUUGGGAGCUCUACAGACGCCCCAGAGCGCAGAACUGCUAAUGUUAAGACAGGCUUCCCCGCCCCCUUCCUUCAUAACUUGUGAUCGCGGAGCCAUGAAAGUAUGCGAGUCCCUCCCCCAGAACAGAGCGAUUGAACCCGGCAUAUGAUCAGGGCUCCAUGUCAGCCAGACCAGGCAGCACUGACCUGCCCAAGCACUGCGCGUAGCCAGAGCAAUGACCUUAACAGAACAGAGCUUCCAGGAGCCUCCUCCACCCCUUUCUGAGGUGGCCAAGGCAGACAUGGACAACACAGGAGGGAAGGAGAAAGCUGCGCAGCCCUCCACAGCAAGGACUGGAGUGCUGGUGCCCAAGCAGCGAGCGACAGGAAGGCUGAUCAUGCACAGCAUGGCGAUGUUCGGGAGGGAGUUCUGCUAUGCUGUGGAGGCUGCCUUUGUCACGCCGGUGCUGCUCAGUGUAGGGCUGCCCAAGAACCUGUACAGCCUGGUGUGGCUCAUCAGCCCCAUCCUGGGCUUCGUGCUGCAGCCUGUGGUAGGUUCUGCCAGUGAUCACUGCGCCUGUAGCUGGGGCAGGAGGAGACCUUACAUUCUGGGUCUGGGCAUCAUAAUGCUGGUAGGCAUGGCUUUGUACCUCAAUGGGGACGAGAUGAUCUCAGCUUUCAUCGGUGAGAGAGACAAGCAGCGGACAUGGGCAAUAGUCAUUACCAUGCUGGGAGUGGUGCUUUUUGAUUUUGCAGCAGACUUUAUUGAUGGCCCCAUCAAAGCGUAUUUAUUUGAUGUCUGCUCUCAUCAAGAUAAAGAGAAGGGUCUGCAUUAUCAUGCCCUGUUUACAGGCUUAGGAGGAGCGCUGGGCUACCUGACAGGUGCUGUGGACUGGGGUGAAACUGUACUGGGAUAUUCCUUGACAUCAGAAUUCCAGGUGAUUUUCCUCUUGUCAGCCUUGGUUUUCCUCAUCUGCCUUAUUGUACAUCUACGCAGUAUUCCGGAAGUCCCACUCAGAUAUGACAAUGAAGAGACAAAGCUCUUGUUGGAAGUGACUGAGCCCUAUAAGUACAGCUCCAUAGAGGAAAUCAAGAAUGGAUACUUAUCAUGUGCCGACUUAAAUGGUACGAGUAAGCCGAAGAAAGGCACUGACACAUCGUAUUCAGAGGCUCAAAGGCGGAUGACACUUAAGUCACUCUUGAAGACUCUUUUAAGCAUGCCAUCCCAUUAUCGCUACCUGUGUGUGAGCCACCUCUUUGGAUGGAUGGCUUUCCUGUCCAACAUGCUCUUCUUCACGGAUUUCAUGGGACAGGUUGUGUACCAGGGCAGUCCUUACGCUUCUCAUAACUCCACACUUUACCAUACCUACAGAAGAGGAGUGGAGGUUGGAUGCUGGGGGCUGUGCAUCAAUGCGAUUGCAUCCUCAGCCUAUUCUUACCUGCAGAAAGUCCUUCUGCCAUACAUAGGGUUAAAGGGACUUUAUUUCAUUGGAUACCUACUUUUUGGAUUAGGCACUGGGUUGAUUGGCUUGUUUCCCAAUGUCUAUUCCACUUUGGUUCUAUGUUCGCUUUUUGGAGUCAUGUCCAGCACUCUGUACACAGUGCCAUUUCAACUCAUUGCAGAGUAUCACAAAGAAGAAGAGGACCUGAAUCUACAGCAGAAGGAACAAGGUGCGGAGCAUGGGAGAGGCAAAGGCAUUGACUGUGCUGCUCUCACCUGCAUGGUCCAGCUGGCACAGAUCAUUCUCGGUGUGGGCCUGGGGCUCCUGGUCAGUGUUGCUGGCAGUGCAGUCACUGUGAUUUCAGCGUCAAUGGUGGCACUGAUUGGCUGCUGCUUUGUUGCUUUCUGUGUUCGAUACGUGGGGUAAGACUGUGUGAAACAACUGGAAGAAAUACCCCCAGAAGAUCAGCAGCACUGGUGCUGUUGCCAUGCUGAUACUGCUGGUACAUCUUCUUCUCUUACCUGCUUGGAGCAGCUGCAAUUACAGAGCGCCAUUUAACCACAGAGUGAAGACUUGAUGAAAUUGUCUGCCUAUUGCCUCAGGUAGAAAGCUUCCCCAUUCUGACUGCUUUAUUACUGCCUUCCUGCUGACCUCAGCACAUGAAAAUGCUAUUACACUUGAAGACACAACUGUCUGUGGUAUCCUGAUGCCCUACAUGAGGAGUCAUUGUGAAACUCUUGAUCAUCUCAUGGAAGUGAAUAGAUGAAGUAUGUGAUGAACUGAAGAAGUAGUGAUAAGAGCUAGGAUUAAUUUUUUUUUUUUCUUCUCAUUUUUCUGUUCUCUUAAUUUUGGGGAUAUUCCUUCUGAAGAUCUAAAGAUGCAGGAGCAUCAAGCAGGUGUCAGAGAUCGUGUGCCAUCAUGUCGCAUGGUUAGUAUGUAGGCCACUCCAAAAGUAAUGCCUCCUAUUUAUUUCCAUGAAAGCUACAACAGAUUCAAAGAGCACAACAACACUUUUUGAUAGAGCAAAUUCUCAUCUGCAGAAUGCCACCAUUAGCUGUGUAUUGUUGCCAGUGAUGAAAAGUCUACAUUCACCAGUGGAGAUGACCCACUGUUGUACCACCCACCAUUGUGCCAAUAUCCACUGUUUGAUCUCCAUGUUCAGCAAGUGCUGAUGAGCAUCAGUGAAUGACAUAUUUUUUUCCACAGGGAGGAAUUCAGCGACACAGCUUUGCUUCAUCUGCACUUCUAUGUCAGGUGCCAUUUUGUCAAGCUGCCCCUCUGAUGCCAUCUGUUGGAAAGCAACUAAAUGUAGUUGGUGGGAUGGUUUAACCUCCGCUGCCAUAGCACUGACACCCACCUCUGACAUUGUGAGUCAAUACCAUACAAUAGAAGGCAUUACUUUUGAAGCAGCCCUCAUGCUAUUGUUAAAGGGGAUAAGUUACUUCCUUGCUGCCAUGAAAUCCUGUUUGGGUAUGGAAGGUGGCUGGAGUGUAAAAAAAAAAA